AUGGGAGGCCGCCGCAAUGUACACGCCUACAACCAGGACGAGAUCGAUAGGUUCAGAGGCAUCCCGCUUCCUACCAAGAUUAAAUGCGGCCGGUGCCACAAGAACCUCCCACAAGCCAAGUACUCAGUCAAGCAGCUGACCGAUGCACGUUGGCAAAUCAAAAACUCAACCAAGAUCUACAAGGCCAUCAACUGUCAAGGAUGCACUGGGCAGCAGAAGGUCGAGAUCGAGUGCACCAUGUGCGGCAAGACGAAGGGUCUAGAAGAAUUCGCCAAAUCGCAGCGCUCCAAGCCCGAUACUGCCAAAUGUUUCAAGUGCGUUGAGGCUCAGCUUGCAGACGAGCCGUUCAACGAGGAUCGCUAUGAGGAUCUGGAAAAGGCAUUCAUUACGCCCGACCACUCCAACGGCCAAUAUCCUAAGUACUUCUCCUCAGCCACAACCGAUACAUCUUCUACCUAUAGCGAUGAUGACUGGGGGUCUAUCAACAACGGCCACCGACGCCCCAAACAUAAAGAUAUGGAAGACGGAGGCAUUGCAUUGUCGGCUGACUUCCAGAAAGCUAUGUCCAUGACCGGCUCAGCGGAUGAGAGCCUGAUCGACACCGAAUACUCCUACGCUGCUGCUCUUGGAAAGGGCAACAGUGACGGUUGGAGCGAACAACGCACCAAGUCAUGGCACACGAAGUCCAACGCAGCUUCUAGUGCAAACUCAGGCUUCAACCCUAACGCUUACCAUCGCUCCACUACUUCAGUCGCCGGAACAUCUCACUCCUUCGCCUCCAGUGUGGCCGAGCGAUCUGAUACUUCUGAGAUCCGUCCCAAUGGAUGGGCUAAGAUCCGUGCUGCUCCUCGCGGUCCUCCUAUGAUGCCUAUGGGUGACAUUGCCCGGCAGACUGACUCCGACGUCGGUGCCUGGGACUCUGACAACGAUGAAGAGGAUAAGGAGGAUGAUGAUGAUGAUGAUGAUGAUGAUGAUGAUGAGUUAAGCAAUAUGAGCGGACGACGACCUAGAGGUGCCGGCAUUCGGGGGCCACACUCUGCGCUGACCGAUUUUUUGGCCGCGAACAACAUUUCCGCGGCAGAGAUUCGCGAUUCGUACCAACAGCGGGUCCGACAAGCCGAGCAAGACACAGCACAAUCAGGAGACAAUGGCGAAGGACCAUCGAAUGCUGGUGAAGAUGGCGAAGAUGUGGAAGAAGACCUCCAAGCGGAGUCUUCCGCAAUGGCAGCCGAGCGCACACGCAAACGUAAACGUAACCAAGACGAGGCCAUAGCGAAGAUCAAGAAAGGCAAGGCGGCGAAGAAGGCGUCAAAGAAGAAGAAGAAGGGCCCAGACGAUGAUUCAGACUUUGAAGACGUCAUGGACAUGUACAAGAAGGCCAAGCCACUUCCAGGCCAAUUGGAGAACUGCGAGAUUUGCAACAAACGGUUCACCGUCACACCAUAUAGCAAAGCUGGUCCAGAAGGCGGGCUGCUUUGUACACCAUGCGGGAAAGAGAUGGCAAAGGAUGCAAAGGCAGAGAAGAAGGCGGCUAAGCCCGUCGUGCGCAAGGGGCGAAGGAAGAUUGAGAGCAACCGUCUUGAUGGUAUGACUGUGCGCGGACCCAAGACGCUACAGCAGCUGUGCAUCGAAAAGCUCGCCAAACACUCCGAGGACAUUGACGAACUGGGCGAGAUGCCAGAGGGCAUCAUGAACCGAAUCAGCGAGAUCUUCUCGAAGAAGCGAGCCAUGAACUCCAACACGAUGAAGCUGUUCCUCCAGCCUGAUAUGCAAUCGGUCGCAAUCCAUGAGGCGGCCUAUCUUGAGACGGAAGACUACGAUCAGAUUUUCGCCGUGUGCCCAUACGUCAAGCGGCUGUCUCUUCGCAACUGCUGUCAGUUCAAGGACAGCAACAUUGACUACAUGAACGAGAAGGCCAAGGCACUUGAAGAGAUCCAGUUGUUAGGAGCCAACCUCGUAUCCAACGACAAGUGGGCCGAACUAUUUAUUGCCCGAGGCCAAGACCUAAAGACGCUGAAAGUCGAGUGGCUAGACGCCGCAUUCGACGAUCAGGUGGUAGAAGCACUUACAACUUUCUGCCCAAAUCUUGAGCGGUUGAAGAUUGAGCGUUGCAAGAAGAUUGGCCCCGACAGCAUCGAUGCCAUUGCUCACCUGAAGCACUUGAAGCACCUCACACUCCGCUUUUACGAUCCCAUCACCCGCGAGAAGCUUGUUCACCUCGUCAACUCCGUCGGCGCCAACCUAUGCACUUUAUGCCUAGAGCAUUUCCUCGACAACACCACAGACCCCACCGACGACGUCCUAGAAGCCAUCCACAACAACUGCCACCAUCUCAGCAAGUUCCGCUUCACAGAAAACAACGAAUGCACCGACGCCGGCUACGUUAAUCUCUUCUCCAACUGGGACAACCCACCACUCCACUAUAUCGACAUAAACUCAACCCGCGACAUGGACAACACCAACCCCAACGGUCCAGAAGAUGAGCCUAUCGGCCUCGCCUCCGACGGUUUCCGCGCCCUAAUGGCACAUUCCGGCUCGCGCCUCGAAUUCCUAGACAUCUCCUCUUGCCGCCACAUUUCCCACGCUACCUUUACAGAAGUCUUUGACGGUUCAAAACAAUAUCCUCAUCUCCGCGAGAUCAACCUAUCUUUCUGCCCCAUUGUCGACACGCAGAUUGUAGCAGGUAUUUUCCGGUCGUGUCCUGCGGUCAAGAAGGUAGUUACCUUUGGUUGCUUCCAGGUUGCUGAUGUGGUUGUGCCAAGGGGGAUUGUGUUGAUUGGGGCGCCGAGGGCUCAGGAUCAGAUUGAGCAGUUUGGAGAGGUAGUGUUGGAUUAUCAGAGGGAGAUUGAGGAAAGUGCGGGGCAGAUGAGGGCUAUGGGCAGGAUUAUUCCUGUUGUGGGCUAG